AUGAGUCCCUUCGAGCCAGGGGACGCGAAGGUCCUGGAGGUCUUCGACGUGCACCACUCCGCGCAGGACAUCCCGGAAUGGACACCGAUGGAGGAGGAGCUCGAGGGGGAGGAAGACCAGGACGAGCCUCGGUACUUCGACCUCGAGGAUGGUCACGAUGAGCAAGAAAACGCACAAGAAGGGUACGACGAGGACGACGAACCCGAGGAGGCGGUAGAGGAUGAGGAGCCGAAGCUUUCGACGAAGGCGACAACAGAGAUAGAGGUUAGACAGGAGAAAACGGAAGCUAUGAGACAUGAGAGAGCUUCCCUGCUCCUGGAGAGCAUCGCCGAUGACGAGGAUCUGGAGCACUAUUUCGAGAGGAUCCCUGAACAGGUCGCCGAGGACCGAUCCGCGAUGACCGAAAAAUUGAAGCAGUUGUUGUCGGAACAAGCUGGACUGCAGAGGAAAAACAGGCUGCUGGAGAUCUGGACCCUGAAGCACAUGAAGAAGGCAGAUCGGAAGAUGGCUCCCAGUGACAUGACCAAGAGACAGGAUGAGUCUGAACGGCACUACCGGGUGUUUCUGGCCAGGUAUAGUCUCCAGGUGGAUAAACUCGUCCAGAUUGAAAUUCAAACGCGAGCCGAGCUGGAGGACUACGAGCUGAAGGCCACCAGGGCUAGGGAAAAGGACCAGGUCACCUUCGACGAGCUCGUAGAGCGACAGAAGUCCGUCGGAGUUGGAUUGGUGUUCGCAGCAUCCGGCAGGAAGUUGUCAGAAAAGGCGGUGGUUGAGAUGAUUCGCCGACAGACCUCCAGGAGGAACCUGCUUGUGCGCAACAGGAUUUCAUACAUCUUACAGCGGCACCAACUCGAGGAAAUGCACGCGCAGCUGCGCAGCCUGGAGACCCUGGGCGAGGGGAUGACCACCAUGGACUACGAGGAGCUGAAGGUCCGGCUGAUGGCCAACAAGCAGAAGCUCGACGAGCGGGACCACGACCUUGAGAAGUUGCGAUACAAAUUUGACCAGCUGGUGCACACCAUCGCUCACAUGCGCGAGAAGGAGGUGGCCCUGACCUGGGACAUCGUCGACGAGGAGACGGUGCUCGACAGAUACCGUCAAAUUGUCGAAAAGUCCCGAGAAGAGGUUGGCUGCCUGCAUCGCUCUCUAGCCAAGGUGCGACAACUGCACCUGGAGAAGAGGAACGAAGCCGGGUUCCUGGUGACCCUACCGGUGCUGUGGGAGAUGGAGAGGACCAUGAAGGAGCUGGACGCCCUGAAGAGCGACGUUCAAAGAGUCCAGGAAGAGGUGGAGCGGUACUCCUUGAAGGAGACCAGGGGAAAGACGAGUCAAAGAACCGCCGCCAUGAUACCCACACCGAGGAAAUUCAAGACAUCCUUUUUUCUGACUGGCCGGUGA